GCCAAGAUGCAGUCGGUCAUCAGCGGGGGCGAUUGGACGUCGGCUUGGUUGCUGACGGGUCUUCCGGACCCUCUUCAUCGGAAAGAAUGGGCCGGUACGAAAGAGGAGAUGGCCAUUAUCUCAGGGUAUCAGGAGGCGGUCUUCAAGCUGAAGAAAAAGGUCGCCGAGGCUCAAAAGCAGGGAGAAGCGGAGGAGGACGAUGCGCCGGCCACCGGUACCUUGCUGGAGCGGUCCGGCAGUGAUACAUCUCUAUUCCCGUGCGCAUUGCCCUACCCGGAGGUCCUUUCGACUGAGGUGCUGCAAGGUGAGUCCGAGCUUUCAUCUUGGUGGGCCCGGGCUGCUUUGAACACUUUGGUGGCGUGGUCUAACUAUGUCACCCUCGGCUGUCCUUCUCCGGGCAGUGCUGCGUGCGAGCCGCGAGUGGGCUAUCGCUGCGUACAAGACGCAAGGCUUUUUGCAGAUAGGCUGCUUGGCGAGUUGGAGGAAUUCGGUUGCAGUGACUUGGUGUUGGAGGUCCCUUGUGCUGGAGCGGGCUACCCUGAUGAUGUCCAGGUUGGCCCUGCUCCUUCGGCGUCUUCGGCGCUCCCCGUCGUCGCGGAACGCGUGGCGGUCCCCGCCGAGGCUGGCCGAGUUGAUCCUCUUGAUUGGUUGCCGGCUGAUAGAGCUGAAGUUGUGGCAUCUCUUGAGAAGCUACGGCGGCCUGAGCAUUUGUGGGAUGGUGUGACGAAGUCUUUUCACAACGUGCCCGAACGGGAGGAAGCAGAUGUGGCAGAACGGCUCCUGGCCACUCAGAUGGCUGUUCUUGUGCCCGAGGCGGAGUUGCCCCGGGAUAGCCAGGGAUGCUUACUGACUGGUGGGUUGUUUAGUGUGCCAAAGAACUCUGAGGAAGAUCGCUUGAUUUAUGACAGGCGGCCCGAGAAUGGCACGAUGCCGAAGUUGGAUUGGGCGAGGGUCCUCGGCAUGGGUGAUGUGAAUGGAUGUGCGAUUGCGCAGGGUGUGUACCUCGACGACUUGCUGAUCACAGCGAAGGUUCGAUUGUCUUCACCGGUCCCGCUCGAUGACUCUUUCCAGCCUUUAGAGCCCCGUGAGGACGACGAGGACGUGGUGAAGGUGAAACUGGCCGAGGAAGCAUACGACGAGGCUGGUUUGCAACGUGCAGUCCAUAAAGAGUUCCGCAUGUUGACCACUUUCCGUGCGUGGGGAGCUCACGUGGAUGGUGUCAAAGGCCGCGUGGGAGCUCCUCUGGAAGUUCGGCGGCAGGUGUGGAAACUCAUCUCAGCUAUCGUGCGUGCUGGUCGG